AGACGUUAUAUCAGUUAUAAGUAGUACUUUAAAAGCUCUUGACAAUUAACCAAACUUCAGUUGCCUUUGUAAUUGAGGCGGAGUAUUGUGGCUUGUUUUCCUUGCCGAGUCCUAUUCAUUCCAGCGAAACACUGUUGAACUUUACUAGGAUUACAAUUGAACUAUACUAGGUAUGUCUUUCCAGGACCUGGGGCUGGACCCCAGGCUCCUUAGGGCCUUGGGGAAACGCGGAUUCACAAAACCUACACCAGUGCAGCUUGAAGCAAUCCCACGUACAUUGGAGGGAAAGGAUGUGGUGGCGCGAGCACGCACCGGCAGCGGCAAGACCCUUGCAUACCUGCUACCAACUUUGCACAAGAUAUUGUCAUCAGACAAUGUGGGCGGCAGCUUUAGAGCAAUCAUCCUUGUCCCGACGCGAGAGCUCUGCCAGCAGGUGGCUCAGGAGGCUAGGGACACAGCGGAGCUCUGCGGAGCAGGCAUCACGGCCACGGCGCUGAUUGAGGAGGGCGGGCCAGCGCUGAAGCGCGCUGUCGGCCGGGCGGGACAGAUCGUGGUGUCCACUCCGGGCAAGAUCGCCACGGUGCUGCGCGAUGGCCUGCUGCCCCCCUCGCAGCUGUCCAAGUGGCUGGCGGUGCUGGUGCUGGACGAGGCGGAUCUGCUGCUGUCGUACGGGUACGAGGAGGACAUACAGCUGCUGGCACCGGAGGUUCCCCGCUCCUGCCAGUGCAUCCUCAUGUCAGCCACCGUGAGCCCCGACGUGGAGCGGCUGCAGAAGCUGGUGCUGCACAACCCAAUCAGCCUCAACCUCACGCAGGGGGGGGCGGGGGCGGGAGCAGCGGGGGGCGAGGGGGCGGAGGCGCGUGACGGCGGCAGCCUGGCCUCCGGGUCGGGAGUGUCGGCGGACAUCAAGCACUUUUACAUCCAGUGUCCCCGCCCCGACAAGCUGCUGCACGUGCUGGCGCUGCUGCGACUGGGUCUGGUGCGCAAGAAGGCGCUCAUCUUUGUCAACACCGUGGACGAGGGCGUGCGGCUGCGUUUAUUCCUGGAGGCCUUUGGUGUGCGGCCGGCGCUGCUGAACUCGGAGCUGCCCCUCAACUCGCGCUCGCACAUCCUGGCCUCCUUCAACCGCGGCCUCUUCGACUACCUGAUCGCGACGGAUGAUGUGUAUGCGCCCGCACAUGACGCGGCGCAGCAGGCGGGCGGCAAGAAGAAGAAGAAGAAGGGGGAGAAGGGGGGCGCGGAGGCGGGGAAGGGCGGCGCGAGGAAGGAUGCGGAGUUUGGAGUGACGCGCGGGAUUGACUUCAAGGGCGUGCGGACGGUGAUCAACUACGACCCGCCGUCCAGCCUGCAGGGCUACGUGCACAGAGUGGGGCGGACAGGUCGCGCCGGCGAGAGCGGCACCGCCAUCUCCUUCUUCUCCCCCGCCGCCCCCGAGGAGUCCCUCCGCGAGCAGCUGGCCGACUUCCUGCAGCACGCCGCCAGCGCCAGCCAGGCGGGGCAGCAGGCGGCGGAGGCAGCGGCGCGGGAGCCGGGCUUCCGAGCGGAGGGUGAGGACGAGGAUGAGGAGCAGGAUGAGGAGGAGGACAGCGAGGAUGAGGCGGCGGGUGCGGGUGUGUGUGCGGAGGCAGGCGAGGGCGGGCAGCAGCAGCGGCGGCGCAAGGGCAAGGGUGCGGCUGCUGCUGCGUUCCGUCCGUACGGCCGUCUGAGUCGCGCGCAGGUGGAGGCGCUGCGGUACCGCGGGGAGGACGUGGCGCGCGGGAUCACCCGGUCGGUGGUGCGGGAGGCGCGGGCCAAGGAGCUCAAGAACGAGCUGCUCAACAGCGAGCGGCUGAAGGAGUAUUUCGAGGACCACGCGGCGGAGAAGGCGCUGCUGCGGCACGACAAGCCCCUCGCCGCCGCGCCCGCCGCCGCCCACCUGAAACACCUGCCCGCCUACCUCAAGGACCCCGCCCUCAUCACGGAGCGCUCCGAAACCGGCAACAAGGGCCGCGCGCCGCUGCCGGCGUCCAAGAAGCGCCGACUGCAUGCGGGCAUGGCCAAGGGCCCCGCAGGGGACCCGCUGAAGGCCCUGGGGUCGGGUGCGGGAGCGGGAGCGGGUGCGGGGGCGCCCAGUGGCAGUGUGUUUGUGCGCGCGCCGAAGAAGGGUGCCAGCCACCUGAAUGAGGAGUUGACGGAGAUGGAGAAGCGGGCGAUGGAGGCGGGCAAGGCGGAGGCGAAGAAGAGGCGGAAGCUGGAG